AUGAGUCUUUUUCGACCGUCAUCAAAUAAAGUUAAUCAUGAUACAUUAUCUUUAUUAUCUCAACAUAUGUAUGCAAGACAUCGAAAUAUAUUUAUUGGUAUUAGUGCUGUUAUUGUAACUGGUUUAACAACAUUUGUUAUGCUUCGUAAUUAUACGUAUAAUAAUCGUGAUCAUUUAGCUAAGAUUCGUCGUGAAAUUCAAAAUGUAACACCUGGUUCAAAUUCUGUAUUUGAAGCUUAUCAUGAAAAAUUAAAAAAACGACAAGCUGAAAAAGAAUUUCAACAAAAACAAGAACUUUCUAAAAGUUAA